AUGGACGACACACUUUCACCCCAGGUGGCGUAUGACACUAAACAAGAUAGCGAUGCUGUAUGUUCGGACUAUCUACGAAACUUUACCGCAUACCAAAAUCGAUUUUGCAUGUCUGGUGAAAUGAGCGGUGUUUAUAAAACCUCUUCUCAGUCAAUACAAAGUUUAUUUUUAUUUCUGUGGUCACAUUCAUUGGAUAACGCAGGUAAUAUUGUAGCAAAAGAUUUUAAGAAUGUCGAUGGUCUUAUUCAUGUGACUGAUGGCGCAGGCGCUGCUCCAUCAGGUGCUGAAAAAGUCAGGAUUAAUGAUACCGAUCGUCAAGCUUGGUUCUUCGGUAGCUAUGGUUUUCAUCAGUUGUUAAUCAAAGAUUCUACUCAGGCAUCUUUGAAUUUUAUUGACUCAUCAACAACGACAGUUAUCAAAAAAUCGCGGUGGAUAUCAUUCGCAACCGUUGAACUCUUCACGAAAGAAUCUCAAAAGUUAAUAUUGUCCCGACCUCCUUUCUCUAUAUAUUCGUGA